AUGAAGUCCUCUUCCCUUAAGAAGUUCAAGAGUCUUCGCGACAAGAACGGCACACACCGCCGCAGCAAGUCUUCGGAACCAGGCAACCACAAAAACCGGCCGCUGUCCACAGACGUCCUGUUCUCCUAUUUCAAGAGCGACGCUGCGAAACAGGCCGCGAAAGAAGAGCAGGAAAAAGAGCGACUGGAUGCAAAUGUCGAAAUCAUUGCCAGCCGUUGCGACGAACUGCGCUUCCACAACAUCAACAAAGACCACAUCCGCUUUGCGCUGCUCUCGAAAUACUCCGAAGGCGAUGUCGACAAGGCCAUCGAGCUCAUCCAGCUCCAGCAGCAGGCCUUUUCUGGCACCCUGGUGCCCUACAAUCCCAAUGUCGAGAUGGUCGGCGCCGAGAACCGCGAAUUUGUCACCUGCUACCUCGAUGCGCUGCUGUUCGCCAUGUAUGCCAAGCUCGAGGCCUUUGACUGCAUGCUGAAAAACGAAGAGCUUAACGAAAACCAGCGGAACUUGGCCGCCCUCCUCCGCCUCUGGGUCAACAUGCUGCGCACGGGGAAACUUAUCCGGACAGAUAUGACUGAAACGAUUCAAAACGCCCUAGCCAGCUGUGGCUGGCAAGACGCCAGCAUCCUCGAGCAACAAGACACGUCGGAGGCGUUUGCAUUCAUCACAGAGACGCUGCAGCUGCCCCUCUUGACGCUGCAGGUCGACCUGUUCCACCAGGGCGAGCGCGACGCCGACGACCACAAAGUUGUCUACGAGCGUCUCCUUAAUUUGGCCGUGCCGCCCGAUCCUGAAAACAAGGGCGUCCAGCUGGAGGACUGCCUCGAGGACUACUUCAACACGAGAGUCGACGUGCUCCGCGACAGAGCAGAGGACAAGAAAGGAGCCGAAAAGGCCGCCCUGGGACCCAGCGAGACCAUCCUCCUUGUGCCUCAAGAAUCCCCCGCCGAUACCUCCGCCGAUGCCCCGGCAAAGGCCAACGGGCCUGUUGGAACCGUCGAGACCGUCGAGGCUGUUGGGGUCGUCGAGGCAAACGACGAAGCCGGCACCGCCAACGGAAAUCCCGGCUCCGAGGGCUCGAAGAGCACUCACGGGUCCUUUUCGACAGCCGAUACGACGACCACCGAUGUCAUCACGGCCACGACGACCGCAGAAACUACGGAAAAUGCUACUGCCGCUGCUGCGAAACUUGAAACCAGCGGGCUGGCGCUCGCUCCUUCGGGUGCUGUCACUGCCUCCCCGAUUGCCAUGUCCCCCAAGGGAGACCCGACGAACGAAGCGUUUGACCGAGAUCCUGCGCCCGUGGUCCGCCGGUGGACCAUGGCGGAACCACAUACAGAUACUUCCGAAACCCCUGCCGAAUCAUCAUCUGCCGCCGGACGCCGCCCAUCUGCUCUUUCAGGUCCUCGACAGCGGUCAGCAAGCAUCAUUCAGCGUAUUGUUAUCGAAGACGGCAAGCCGUCGGAGCCGCAGGAAGCUUCAACCUUGCUUCAGCAGUUUAAGAAGCAAGGAUCUACCAUUAUGAAAGCUGUUACUAUUCCUGCUUGGCAGUUCUUUCGCCUGAUCCCUUGGCACUCGACAUCAAACAGCGAGCCCCAAAGCGACGUCGAGGUUAUGCGCCAGUUCAAUAAGCGGCCCGUUGUGGGCAUCUGCCUCAAGCGCUACUUGAUGAACGAACACGGCCAGUUUCUGCGGCACAAUACGUACAUCGACAUCCCCGAUAGCCUCCGUCUACCCUACUUUAUGAUGGGCGAGGAUGGCCAGCAACCGGAUGGAAAUGCGCUGAGCAAUGGCUACAAGCUUGUUCUGCAGUCCGUUGUUUGCCACCGGGGUGUAUCUCUGCAUAGCGGCCACUACAUUUCGUUUGCUCGCGUCAACCCCAAGCUCCUCACCGACAACCGCUGCCACGACUUUGAUCCGCCUCCAGAUUACGAAGAGCAGCAAUGGGUCAAGUUUGACGACCUUGACGUCGAACGCCGCGUGUCAGCUGUCGACGACAUCAAGGCCGCGUUGAAAGAGGAGAUGCCGUAUCUUCUCUUUUACCAAAUUGUUCCCAUAAUGGACGUGAACUCGUCGACAACGACCAUCAACGAGACAAACGAGCCGCCCUCGUACGACGCCUCAACCACGAAUGCGGCAGUCACACCGCUCGUGGCCGAUCGCCUGGACGCAAAUGGUAGCAGCUAUUUUGACUCGGCUACGUUGGGCGGUUCCACGACUACUGGUCCCAGUAUCCGCUUCUCCUCCGAGAUGGACCGCCCUCCACGGUUCAGUCUUGACGAUGAGUCUGUCGGGUCCUCUUCGUUGAUUGCCAACUCCCAGAGAAGAGCAGCCGAAAGUGCCUCGCGCCGCGGUAGUCUCGGCUUUACGAGUUCCCUUGGCGGGACGCCCGUCAUUACACCGGAAGGCGGCCGCUCGCCGGUUAUCAACCCGUCCGACGAACCGUCCACGGCACAGCGGCUCUCCCGAGCCGCCGCCCGCUUGACGGGCAAGACAAACCGCAGUCGGCCUCCCAGCCAGGCUGGCGAGGGUCGUAUGAGUCUCACAAUGUCACGCCUCGGCGGUCUUGUCCGGAGCAGCAAGGAGCCCCUCCGUCUAUCCGAGGACGGCAUUGAUGCCUCAACAGCUACUAUUCCUCUUACUCCGAACGCGCUCGGCUCCAAUACCACUCUCACCACUGUGCACACUGCCCCGGCCGCGUCUGCGACAGCCGUUUCACCAAACACAAUCGCUGGCCAGCCCCUUGAGACGGUACCGUCGGCCGACAGUGGCUUGCCGGAUGGCCAAGACGACGCGGGUCGCCACCAUCACCACCUCCACCACCACCAUCAUCACCAUUCCCAUUUCCGCCGCAAGGACAAGGAAAGUCAAGCUCCGGCAGACGGUAGCGCCCCCGACCUCGUCGACAACGCCACCGCAGCGGAUGGCAACAGCAACGGCAACAGCGGCAGCGGCAAAAAGGACAAGGGCAAGGACAAAGAAAAGGCCAAGACCAAGGGCCUGCCCGAACGCGAGUGCUCGGUGAUGUAG